ACCUUCUUCAAUCCCUCCUCCAAAACCCCUCUCUCUCUCUCUCUCUCUCUCUCUCCUCUCCAACUCCAUGUCACCUCCUCUCUCUCCCCCUAACUUCCUCCAAACCCAUCCCCUCUCCCCUUCCUCUUUCUUUCUCUAAAACCCUCUCUCUCUUUCUCCCCUCCCCACCCCAAUGGACACCGUUCUCACCCCGUUCUCCGAUUCAAACGACAUGGUCACCUCCGGCAGCAGCAGCAUAUCCUACGCCGCCCACACCGAAUCCCUCCCCUCCUCCGAACCCGAAAUCGUAGCCCUAAGGCACCUCUCCCGAAACCUCGACUCCAUCCUCACCUCAGACUCCCCCUCCUUCUCCGACGCCAAAAUCGCCGUCGCCGGCGGCCGCGAAAUCCAAAUCCACCGAUGCAUCCUAUCGGCGCGGAGCCCGUUCUUCAAGAACAUAUUCUCCGGCAAGGAGCGAGGGGUGAAAUUGGAACUCAAGGAUUUGGCCAAGGACUUCGAGGUGAGCUUCGACGCUUUGGUUACCGUCCUGGUGUACUUGUACAGCGGGAAAGUGAGGUCGGCGCGGCCGGAAGGUGUUUGCGUUUGCGUCGAUGAUGAGUGCGACCACGUGGCGUGCCGGCCCGCUGUGGAUUUCUUGGUGGAGGUGCUGUACGCUUCUUUUGUAUUCGAGGUUACUGAAUUGGUUGCUCUUUAUCAGAGGCACCUGUUGGAUAUUCUCGACAAGAUUGCUGCAGAUGACAUUUUGGUGGUUCUUUCUCUGGCAAAUAUUUGUGGUAAAGAAUGUGACGGACUGCUUACCAGAUGCAUUGAGAAUAUAGUCAGGUCUGAUGUCGAUAUCAUAACUCUUGAUAGAACCUUGCCCGACCAUAUUGUCAAACGAAUUGUUGAUUCCCGCAAGGAACUUGGCUUCCAUGGUCCUGAAAGCAGCGGUUUCCCUGAUAAGCAUGUGAAAAGAAUACACAGGGCUCUGGAUUCUGAUGAUGUAGAAUUAGUCAGAAUGCUUCUAAAAGAAGGGCAUACUAGUAUAGAUGAUGCAUAUGCCCUCCACUAUGCUGUUGCAUAUUGUGAUGCAAAGACCACAACGGAAAUUCUUGACCUUGCAAUCGCUGAUGUUAACCACAGAAACUUAAGGGGUUACACUGUGCUUCACAUCGCUGCUAUACGAAAAGAGCCUAAGAUUAUAGUGUCUCUUCUAACAAAGGGAGCCGAACCAGCUGCUCUCACAUCAGAUGGUAGAAAAGCACUUAAGAUUGCAAAGAGGCUCACAAGGGCUGCAGAUUACUACAAGUCUACUGACCAAGGAAAAGCAUCUCCCAAGGAUCGGCUGUGCAUAGAGAUAUUGGAGCAAGCUGAAAGAAGAGAUCCAUUGUUAGGAGAAGCUUCUGCUUCUCUUGCUAAGGCAGGCGAUGAUCUACGAAUGAAGUUGUUGUACCUUGAAAAUAGAGUUGGAUUAGCGAAACUUCUCUUUCCCAUGGAAGCAAAAGUGGCAAUGGAUAUUGCUCAAGUGGAUGGCACUUCUGAGUUUACACUGGCCAGUAUCAACUCUAAGAAUAUGGUUGGUGCCCAGAGGAUAACCAUGGACUUGAAUGAUGCACCUUUCAAGAUCAAAGAUGAACAUCUCAAUAGGAUAAGGGCACUCUCCAAAACUGUGGAACUAGGGAAACGCUUCUUCCCUCGUUGUUCAGAAGUACUCAACAAGAUGAUGGAUGACGAUGACUGGUCAGAACUGGCAUACAUACAGAACGAAACUCAAGAGGAGCGUCAACUGAAGAAGCGACGAUACAUGGAACUCCAAGAUGUUAUUACCAAGGCAUUCCACGAAGACAAAGAGGAGUUCAGUAAGUGUAUCAACAUACAGUCUUCAUCGUCAUCGACAUCCAUAGGAGGAGUUGGGAGGCCAAAUGGUAAACUCACUCUCAAGAAAUAGAUGCUGAUGGUUGAUUUAGAUGCAUUUCUGCAUCUUGUCCAUUGUACCAUAAUUUUAACGUUCACCUCAAUUUUCAUCUUUUGUUGUAUUUAGAAAAUGAUUGUGGGGAUUUGUUUUUCCCUUUUUCUUUAUUCUUUUGAGGGAUAUUGGGAUUUAGUCACUUCUAUAGUGAUACUUGUAUAUGAACUGUGCUACACACACAGCAAUGCACAGAUUUCGUUGUGGGGCCCACCACGGGUCCCACACAAAUCAUCCAAGCCGUUCAUUAAAUGUAAAACAUUUUUUCAAAGGUCCCCGUAAAAAAUAAGCUCAAUUCAAUACCUAUAGAUGCUUCAUCCAACCAUCUAACUUUUCAUUCAGAUUUUCGGAUAAUGAAAAGUUAUACGAUUGGAUCGAAUAUCUAUAGGUAUCGGAUUGAGAUUAUUUUUUACGGAAACUCUUGAAAAAAUAUUUUACAUUUAAUGAACGGCUCGGAUGAUUUGUGUGGGACCCGUGGUGAGCCGCACAACAAAAUCUGUGCACAAUCUGUACACAGAUUGUAUGUGUGUAGACUUUCUGCUUGUAUAUAUUGGUGUGUCCGUAAUACACCUACAAACAAAAGGGU